AUGGAAGGGAUGGGUGUGUUAGAAACAGGAAAUGGUGACAGUGAAAGGGCAGAAGAGAAGGAAUCCAAAGGAGAAGUAAGGGCGGAAGUUAUAGGGAGAAGUGAAAGGAAUUGGGCGUGGACAGAAGCAACAGGAGUCGGAAGAGGUGUAGCUGCAGAGAUGGGCAAGAGAGGAGGAGGCAAGGAAACAGGAAGGGAAAGGACAGUCAAGAUGGAAAAUAAAACAAUCAUCACUGAAAUACAACUUCUGGCUUUUUCUCACUUACUGGGCACUAGGAGUUUAUUUUUCACCCUCAUUAUUUGUGUUUAUUGUAUAACAAUUUCUGGAAACCUUCUCAUCAUCGUGUUGGUGUCAUUGAACAGACAUCUUCAUGUCCCAAUGUAUUUCUUUCUUACACAAAUUUCCACAUCAGAUAUUUUGUUGAUCACAGAUAUUGUACCUGAAAUGCUUUCUAUCAUUAUUGAUGAAAACGGCAAAAUAGCCCUUAAAACUUGUAUAACACAGUUGUAUUUCUUUGGCGUCUUUGAAACAGCAGAGUGUUUUCUUUUAACAGCAAUGUCUUAUGACAGAUAUUUGGCCAUCUGUGACCCACUGAAAUAUAACUCUAUAAUGGACCACAAGUUUUGUAUUCAAUUAAUAGUUAUAUGUUGGCUUUUAAGUAUUUCCAUAAUGCUAAUUAUACCUAUAUCAAUAGCUCAGUUGGCAUUCUGUGAGCCAGGUAUAAUUGACCAUUUCUUCUGUGAUAUAUUUCCACUGUUGGAGAUUUCUUGUUCUGACACCAUACUUGUACAAAUUGAAGCGUUCUUCUUAUGUGUUCCCAUACUGAUUAUCCCAUUUUUAAUUGUGUUGCUAUCAUAUGUGUAUAUUGUUCUUGCUAUUGUAAGAAUCUCUUCCACUACUGGAAGACAAAAAACCUUCUUAACCUGUAGCUCCCAUCUGACUGUUGUUUCUAUAUAUUAUGGAACUCUCAUUAGCAUUUACACAGUUCCACCUAAAGGAAAAUCUCUGUCUGUUGCCAAAGUCAUGUCUUUAUUUUAUACUGUGUUCACUCCAAUGCUUAAUCCAAUAAUAUACAGCCUGAGGAAUAAAGAUAUCAAAGAUGCUCUAAAGAAAAUAAUACAAAACAUUUAUAGGAUAAAUGUAUGUAAAAGAAGCCAAUAG